AUCACUCCACAGAGCUUUUCCACGAAGCACUGUUUUGUGUGGUAACGGAAAGAAAGGAUCAUCAUGCCGACAGUGGUGGUGAUGGACGUAUCGCUCUCCAUGACCCGGCCUGUCUCGGUCGAGGGAUCUGAAGAGUAUCAGCGUAAACACCUGGCUAUCCAUGGACUGACCAUGUUGUUUGAACACAUGGCCACCAACUACAAACUUGAAUUUACAGCCUUGGUGGUUUUUUCAUCGCUUUGGGAGCUGAUGGUUCCCUUUACCAGAGAUUACAACACACUUCAGGAAGCCUUAAGCAACAUGGACGAUUAUGACAAAACAUGCCUAGAAGCAGCACUGCUUGGGGUGUGCAACAUUGUGCAGCAGGAAUGGGGUGCAGCAAUUCCCUGCCAGGUUGUCCUAGUAACUGAUGGCUGCUUAGGGAUUGGCAGAGGCUCUCUGCGGCACUCCUUAGCUACUCAUAACCAACGAAGUGAAAGCAACCGAUUUCCUCUGCCUUUCCCCUUCCCCUCCAAGUUGUACGUCAUGUGCAUGGCUAAUCUGGAAGAGCUCCAGAGCUCAGAUUCUCUCGACUGUCUGGAACGACUCAUAGAUUUGAACAAUGGGGAGGGACAGAUUUUUACCAUUGAUGGACCUCUUUGCUUGAAGAAUGUACAGUCCAUGUUUGGAAAACUAAUAGACCUGGCUUAUACACCAUUCCACGCUGUUCUCAAAUGUGGCCACUUAACAUCUGAUGUGCAAGUAUUUCCCAGACCAGAACCUUUCAUUAUAGAUGAGGAAAUAGAUCCCAUCCCCAAAGCAAUAAAUACAGAUCUAGAAAUAGUUGGUUUUAUAGACAUAGCUGAUAUUUCUAGCCCUCCUGUCUUAUCUAGACACCUGGUGCUGCCCAUAGCACUCAACAAAGAAGGGGAUGAGUUGGGUCCAGGGAUCACUGAUGACACAGAAGAUGAGAAUUCAGCUAAUCAGAUUGCUGGCAAAAUACCCAACUUCUGUGUACUGCUGCAUGGGAGCCUGAAGGUGGAAGGCAUGGUGGCCAUUGUCCAGUUAGGGCCAGAGUGGUAUGGGAUGCUGUACUCCCAGGCUGACAGCAAGAAGAAAUCAAACCUCAUGAUGUCUCUCUUUGAACCUGGGCCUGAGCCCCUCCCUUGGCUAGGGAAAAUGGCACAGCUUGGGCCUAUUUCAGAUGCAAAAGAAAACCCUUAUGGGGAAGAUGACAAUAAGAGCCCUUUCCCUUUGCAGCCCAAGAAUAAGCGGAGUUAUGCACAGAAUGUCACUGUGUGGAUCAAACCAAGCGGCCUGCAGACGGAUGUGCAGAAAAUCUUGAGAAAUGCAAGAAAACUUCCUGAAAAAACUCAAACAUUUUAUAAAGAACUGAACCGUUUGCGCAAGGCAGCCUUGGCUUUUGGCUUUUUGGAUCUUCUGAAAGGCGUGGCCGAUAUGCUGGAAAGGGAGUGCACACUUCUUCCUGAUACAGCUCAUCCUGAUGCAGCAUUCCAGCUUACACAUGCUGCCCAGCAACUCAAAGUGGCAAGUACUGGGACCUCAGAAUAUACUGCCUAUGACCACAAUAUCACCCCGCUGCAGACUGACUUCUCAGGGAGCAGUGCCGAGAGAAUGUGAGAACUGGUUUUUAGAACUUUUUGGGAAGGAUUUCCAAGUCUCAAGUGGUCCAAAGUUUCCUGUCUUACUUGCGUUCUGGGACCUGUUCAAAUAUUGUCCAAAGAACUUUGAUACAAAUUGGAGAGUCUCUAAAUACAAUCUCUUAUUUCUAAAUGUGGGACUGGUUUCGUUUUUGUGGAUUUAGAGGUUGACCUGGAAAGUGUAUUUUUAAAUGUCUUGCGAAGGCCUCGAAUACUGCAUUGAAGUGUGAGCAGAGGGAACUUGGUAUGUUGUUAAAGGAUGUGUGAAGAAACAAAGACAAUGCUCUCAGGCAGUGGAUGGUGCCAGCACUAUGCCUGUACCCACUGGUGAUUGGGGGCUAACAGCGUUAGAUUAGUGGCAACAAGCAUUGGUGAAGCCUCUACCCCAACAGCUGGGGUUAUCAUUUGGGGCCUGACUUUCCAAGUGCCAGUUGUGCAGCUGCACACAUGUACAUGGCUUCAGGUUGGAUGCACAGCUCACCCUUUCCACAAGCAAUUGCCUGACAAUUUAUGGCCUGAUGUUCAAAAUGCAGUUGCUAACAUUUUAACAUCACCUGUCCAGUGGUGCUGACACCCAUGAAGAAUAGUUUACAUUCUGCAAUGAAAAAAGUGGGUUUUUUUUAAAAUAAAUUGUAAGCUAUGACAUGAAUAAAGAUUAAUGUUUUGUGGAAACUGCUUUUGGUUCCAGCUUCAUAAGAUCUCUGGUGUAUUCAUGCUUAGUAUUACACAGGCUUAAUAUUGAGCCAGGGAAAGUAUGUCCAUGCUGUUCACCAUGAAGGUCAGGUACCAAAUUGUUUCCAGUCAUUUGUACGAAGAACAACACAAAAGAGGACUUCGCUUGUAAAUCUUUAUUGAUAGAAAUACACAUUCUGUUGCUUUUAGAACUAGGAAACUCAGGAGAUUAUGGUCUGUAACAACUUCCACCAGAUAUUACAACUUAACUGAGAAAUGUCAUGUUGUUAUGAAAAUGUAUAAUAAAGAAUAAAUGCCCUGUUGAGGAGCUCAAACAAAAUAAUGGAAGGCAACAUCCCUGCCAUGCUAAUGAGAUUUCAGUGCUAACUCUAACCUAUAUGAUCCCUCAACUGUUAUCAAGCAGGUUUGUGUAUGCAAAUGUGUGUGCAGUAGUGAAGCAGUAAGUUUAUAAAUUAUGCCCUGCCUCUCCUGAGGAAGCAGUUUAUGCCCUGGCUUUGCCAUCAUGAGCCAAAGGUUCAUUCAUCAGACAUUUCAAAAGCGACAGAAGUUCUUCAAGACCUAAUGUCUUUUGUUGAUAAAACUGUUUGUUGCAAAAUGCCCUCUGAUGAGCCUGUAUGUCCUUACCCUGGCCUGAUAGGAAGUAGCACUGGGAGUGUUUAACAGUGAAAAAACAACCAACAGUUUGAUCAGUUGGGACCUGGGAAUAAAAAGGACAGAUACCUUUUUCCUACAACACUUUUAACACACGGCCAUGCAAACAGUGGGGUGUAGUGAACAUCAGGGAUGCUUCUGGAUUAUGGCUGUUAGCCUGCAUUAAUGCUGCAAGCUGCUACAGGCUUUUAAAUUUAACC